AUGUACUCUCCAAAAACUCUGCACGAAGCCAUGAAAGAACCAUCAACAAGCGAGUAUUUCCUGAAUAGAACAACCAUAUCUAAAGCAUUACACUCCUACCCUACCUUCCAUAAUGCCUUAUUUGGAGAUCAACAUACACCAAGUCCAUCAAGAAGAGUACUCAAUGAGGAGGAACAAAUCAACAGCAAGACGAUUAAUUUAUGUUCACAUGAAAUUUCAAGAGGAAAUAUUGUCUCCUAUCAAAAAGAUAUUUCUCUCUACGAAAUGUUGAUCAAAACUAAUAAUGACAUUUCCAUAGAAGAUAUUUUAAAUAUUGAGGAAGAUGAAUUGGAAGAAAAGAGUCAAGAUUUUUCGCUCUUGCAACCACAUAGAUCUCUCAAACUCGAUUUGACGGAUAACUUGUAUGAUUUUACUGAUCAUUCAUGUUCAAUCGAAGAAACUCUUGAUGUUGAAUAUUAUCUUGUAAAUAAGAGACCAUUGGAAGCUUACAAAGAAUUUCUGAACAACUACAAGGACAAGAACAAAGGUAUUGCAAAACUAUUGGAAGAUGGUGAGGACGUUUGCUCUCCCUAUCUUUAUGGAGAACAAUCAGAAUGUUUAGGAAAAUACCUUUCCAUAGAGGAUCAAAACGAAUUAUGCCAAAAAGUGAGACAUAUUGCUAUUCAUAACUUUGCGGAUCAGUGGAUCACAGCUUGUUGUAGAAUGUUCAUUGAAUUAUGUGCAUUUGAUGUGUAUUCAGAGCUUUAUUCGAAAUCCAUAUUAAUAGAUACUAAGGCAGCCAGAAGAAUUACAGAAUUUCAUUCAUCAUUCAAGAUACAGAGCGAGGAGAAGACUGUCUUGAUGAAAAAGCUUGUUGAUGACUUGAUAUCCAUUGAAAUUUUGGAAAAUACAGAUAACAUGACGAUGGAAAAAUACAUGAACUCUCCUCAAUACAGAGUUCUUAAAAUGCUUGAGGAAGCAACAGAUUCCAUGUUAAUUGUGGAUAUUUCUGUUAAGGACUUUCUUGAAAAGGAGUUCUCGAAAUCUACAAAUGAGUCAGCAUAUGACAAGGUACAAAUACUUGAUGGUAUGAGAAACACUGGCAACAAGAUUUAUGUCUCACCAUGGAAACUACUUUGCAUCUUUAGUGAACUUCAUCAUUUGCCAGAAUAUGUGCAUCAUUUACAAACUACAGCAAAGAGAGGACAAUGGAUUUCAUUCCUUUAUCAUGCUCAAGAUAGUAAUGUUCCAAUUACCACCGUAACAUCUAUCGUACAGCAAUUCAUGCCUGAUUCCUUUAAGCAAUUUCUGUUGGUUUCUCUUAGAGAAAUGAAAGCUAAACAAGAUGGAAGCACGCCACUGAAGGUGACCUCGGAAUCCAAUAAUAAUGAAGCCUUAUGGAUGGACUCAUCAGGAGAGUCUUCAGAUUCUUCAAUAAGCAAAUUGUUUUUAGAGUUGAUACGUACUGAAGAAUUACAAAGCUGCUCCAAAUCAAGCACCGAUAUUAUUAACCAUUUGUUGAACAAGUCGAUUAGCAUGAGUGAGCCACUUUUAACGAUCAUUGCCACGUGCUACAUUUCCAAUGACAAUUCAAAUGUAGAAACAUUUGCGUGCAUGAAAACUUGGUUACAAUCCAUUAAGCAACGUUUAUGCAGUGUCGACAAGAAGAGCACUGAAGUAAUUUCCAUCCAAAAGCUGUCGUCCAAGAAAUUAAUUGAAGCAAUUGAAAAGCAAAUUCAAGAUUUCUGCUCGAACAAUUUUCUCAAAGAUGAAAAACAAAGUGGAGUGAAUUACAUCAUUCAAGCAUUUCAAUUAUUCGAUAGCACAAAUCCUAUUGUUCUAUUUUUAAGUUUUUAUGAAGCGUACCUUUUUGAUAACUAUGAACGAGCGACACACUUUUUGCAACAAUUUGUGAGCUCUGUGAAAGAUAUGCAAAAUGGAAAACCUCUUCAAUUUAAACUAGGAGAUUUAAGUUGGCUGAUUAUUACUUCUACUGCACUUGCUCAACAACUUUCUAGGUGCUUGGUAUCACAAUUCAAAAGAACAAAAUUUUUAGAAUUGCUUCAUUCAUCUCAAUUCUCAUUAGCAGUAGAUAUGUCAAAUGAGUUUGAGAGUAUGUACAGCGUAAACAGUCUCUUAGAGAGAGUCAUCAAUUCUGGUGUCGUCAUUGAAACUGACAAGAUGAAUGUGUUUACUGGUCAACCAAAUAUGUUCAUUGAAACCCUUAUUGAAAACAAUUGUUUUAAGGAAGCACGACAAGUUGCAGUCAUGUUUAGAAAGAAGAUCAGUUUCCCUACUGACAAAAUUACACUCGCUCAAGCCAACUACAAAAUAGCAAAGGUAAAAGGCUUAUUCUCAUCCACUCAUGAGCUCACAAUGGCCUACUCUAAAGUCAAUGAUCUAUUUAUCAAAUUUAGAUAUCCUCAAGAAGAGGCUGCCAAGUUUUUCCUGGAACAGGUCUUGGUUUUGCAAAAAAGUAUUUCAAUGGCAGGAAUUUUACACUUGUUGAAUCUUUCUUUGAAGUGGUUUGAAGGUACCUACUCUCUCACCAAAAGGUCGGUCGAGCUCUCGAAGCACCAGGUGACUCCAUCAAGACCUACUAAAGACCUGGAGUUUUUGAGCCACAGUAUUAUGCUCUUGUCUAACUCACAAGAAGAUAGCUCGUCGACACAUGUUUCUGGAAUUUUAGCUUCAUUAGAGAGUAGAUUUAUUGAAAACUCAAAAAAGUCAUCCUCUGUUUCGAAUAUCGAAGAUUUACUUGAUAAGGUUAUUGACAAUUUGCUGUUAAAUAGUCAAUACGAUGAGGCAAAACAACUCUCCUCUUAUUACAAUUAUCAAAGUGGAGUUUUGGAAAUUAUAGAUAUUGCCCUGUUGAUGGCAAAAGCCAACGACUCGAAAACUCUUUAUCAAGAAGCCGAGCAAAUGAAAUAUUCCAAAAUGUUGCCCUCCCAUCUCUACAAACAGCUCAGAGAAGUGUUUCCACACAUCGAUGAGAUAGACGAUGCACAACAAAUAUUAGACAAAUUGCAAUUACUGUGCUAUGGUUACAAAAUGAAGGGGGCUAGAAAUUAUCUCAAGGUUAUUGCUCUCAAUUAUAGAAUUGGGAGAAUUCUUCAAUUGAAUUAUGAGAGUGUAAUCACCAAAGAUAGCUAUGACGUUCUAAAAUUAUUAUUGAUGCUUUUUGGAAAAGAAAAAAUUGAAGAGUAUUACAAAAAUGAAGACUUGUCCAUUUUCAAAAAUCAAGAUGAAACUGAGAUUUUGAUUGAAGACUAUUUCCAAAAUAAUGCAGGAAGCACUUCCAGUAGUGAUGAUUUAGAUGAUCGACUGUCAACGAGCUCAGGAAGUUCAUUUUCGAGUUUUGACUUUUCUACUUCAUAUUCGAGUGUAGCAACAGGUAGUUUCUUCAAGCAGGCCAUGACUAAAAACAACAAGCCACCAAAACCUCUCAAAGAUUCGCAAAAACAAAUUGAUUUGGUGAAGUGUACAAUGGACGAGUUUGCUGAAUUUGCCAAUAUUUGUAGAGAUCCUUCAGCCAUCGCUCGACAUUUGAUUACUUUAGUGGACGCAGAAGAAGAAAAUGAUUCUUCACAAACCAGUCAAGAUAGUCCAGGAAAAAGAAGUUCACGCACUGCAAUGAGACACGUCAAUAAGCAUAAUAUUAACUUGAAAUGCAAAGUGGAACUUAUUGUAAGAGCAUAUCAUUGCUAUCACAUGUCCUCAAGUUUUGAAGGAAUUGAGUCGAUUUUGAAACGAAUUAAGGGUCCACUCAUUCAGGAAAUUUUAGAUGAACAGGAUUUUUCUCUUAUUGUUCGACUACUUGUGACCAUUCCUGAUUUUGCAGAAUUAACAUUUUUAUUUGAUAUACUUAUUGAGAAUGAACAAUUUGAGCUCAUUUUGAAAAAGAAUUCACAAUCGGAUCAAGAUAACAAUAAUCAACUUAAAAUGGCUCUCUCUUCGUAUGUUCAAACUAAAUUCCCAGAACAAAACGAAAAACUUGCGAUGGUUUACCUUAGAUUUAACAUGUUAAAAGAAUAUGGAACUUAUUUAUAUAAUAAGGGAUGUAGAGGAAUCAAAGUAAUUCAUAGAAGAAUAGUUGGUGGAGAUUCUUCAGAUUCGUCGAGCAAUUCUUCCAAUUAUCAGUCAUCUAUGGAUGAACAUGUACCUUUGGAGCAUGUGUUUAAGAUUGUUUGUGAAAAUUUUGAUUCGGCAGCAUCUUCACUCACAAAAGAAGAUUGUUGCCAAACAGCAGUCAAAGCAACCAAUUUAAGUGCUCUUGUGAAAUUACAACUCAAAUUCUACAAUGAAACUCCAAAUAAGAAGAAACUCCAAAACAUGCCAAUGAUACUUGAACUUUCACCCAAAGAAGCGAGAACCUUUAUUCAAAAUCAUGCGAACUUUGAAGAAUCGCUCAUUGUUGCCAAUGCCUACGAUAUUAACACCAUGUCGGAUUGGAUUGAGCCAAUUUACAACAACAGUGUGAAAAAAGGAGAUGUCGAAUACUUACAAGUGUUAAAACAAUAUCUUCCCAUCAGUUCCAAUUUAUUUAGAGAAAUUGCAAAGCGUGUGAAAAUGAUGGACUCGAAACCUCUCAACACCAAAGUGUUAACUUCAUUUCACAAAUUCCUUUCACAACAUUGUUCAGACUAUAAGGUGGUGAUGGAUAUCUGUGAGGACAUGUUGCAUUUUGUGAAUUCACAACUGCCCAAUUCCUCUCCCGUUUAUACUCUUUUUUUUGAUUUGAACAAACAUGCCAUCUCCAUUCUUGAUUAUGUUCCUCCAAGUGUUGGUAACAAUAGUUCUUCUCAACAACCAUUGGAUACCAACACAAGUACAACUUCUCUCAAUGCAAUGAAUGUCCAAGAAGAAUUUUCACAGUUCAUCCAGUAA